CAAUUAGGAACAAUCGUCCGACAUGAGGACCGUCUGUGCCGCGUUAAAUUGCAAAUAUUCCUCGGAAAGCAAGGACUCGUCGAAUGUCACUUUUAUCAAUUUUCCCAACGAUGACACAGCCAAAGUAUGGGCGGAAUGUUGCGGCAGAUUGGAUUUAAUCACAAAGUCGAAUGCGGAACUGCAUUUGAAUUAUUACAUUUGUUCCCACCACAUUGAAGAUCACUGUUACGCCAGCAAAACCGUUCCCGUUGUUGUGGAGGAAGGUGCCACCCCUACUUUGUUUGGGACUGGCUUGGCUACCGACGGUAAAGAUUCGAUAAAUAUAUUUGAUAAGGCGCAGCAUCUCCAGGAAGUAGGUGACAGUGUGCCUCUAACGUAUAACGAUAUGAACGUCGAGGUGGACGAGUAUCGCAACAUCUCUGUCAAAUUUGUCAAUUUAUGUCGAAUCUGUGGCAAAUCCGCUCUGGAUGGAAUAGAUAUAUUUGCAACCAAAGGCGUAGAGCUUAAAUUAAAGGAAAGAAUAAAUCUGCAUAUGCCUAUCUCGAUUGACAUAAACGAUUCGUUGCCACAGAAAGUAUGUACUGAUUGCUGUAACAAAUUAGAAAUUGCGCAUUCACUAGUCAUUUCAUGUCUGAGAACAGAUAUGCGUUUGAAACAAUUUCUAAAUAUCGAGAGAGAGCCGGAAUAUGAGAACAAGUACAAUGCACUGAUUGACGAAUGUUCAUUGGAGUUAGUUCAAGAAAUGUGUAUGGACGACAAUGUGCAUCCCAAUUUAUUUACGAUAAAUAAGACGAUAAACUCUGAAUCAAGUUUGAGAGGAUUGGGAAAUGGAGAGUGUUUCGAAAUACAAAAUAAUAAUUUUCAGAGCAUUGCCAAAAGUGUUGUGCCACUAGAGCUCAAUACUCUAAUUCAAACUUGUGGAGAAGUUACCAGUAAAUGUAACACAAGUAAGACUACCACGGAAGAGACAUCGAACGUGCAGCAAGAUAAGAUUCAGAAUGGAAGUCUCAGCGUUUUAUGCCUACAGUGUCAAACUCUCUGUGAAACACAGGAGAUAUUUGAGAGUCAUAAAAUAUUUUGCAGUAAGCAAAAUGCGUCUAAACAUAUAGAUACGUGUAGGACUGCUAAAAACGGAAAGUACGGAAACAAGCAAAUUAAUCGGGAAGUAGAAAGUUCCCAGGCAUGCAACGAAACAUUUGAUGGCAAGCAAGUUAUUGAUAAUGUUAAAAGCCGCGAGUCGAUGCAUUGUACCAUUUGCAACCGAGCAUUCGAAUGUCAGCAGGAUUACGACAAUCACAAAUACCUUCAUGAAAAUCUUACGAGCGAAGCGAAUAAAAGAUGCGGCCAUUGUGAACAAGUAUAUCACAACAGAAAAGACUUGUUAAUUCAUAUCAUGGAAUCGCACGAGGGACGAUUGUCGUUUAAGUGCUCUACAUGCGACAAAACGUACGAGAAGUGGUAUAGUCUAGACAUUCACGAAGCUACUCACAGAAUAGAUAAGCCCUAUCUUUGCGAUACGUGCGGGAAAAGCUUUAAGCAUUCCAAUAAUUUGAGGGGUCACAAAAGAAUUCAUUUGGACGAGGCUGUAAAGAAAAGGCACGUGUGCCAGAUCUGUGGCAAUGCGUUUAGAUCACGAUUUCAUUUGCAAGAACAUAUGAAUCAACAUGAUGAUAACAGACCUUAUUCUUGUGAACAAUGCGGGAAAUCUUUCUACAAGAGGGUUCAAUUGCGACAACACAAAUUAUCGCAUGGCUCUAAUAGUCACGUAUGUCCGAUUUGCGGGGCAACGUUUAAUCGUAGAGGGAACAUGAACGCGCACAUGAAACGGCAUAAUAACGAUAAUGGAGGAUAUACAUGCAGCGUUUGUACUUACAAAUGUAAAUCUAUGAGCGAGUUGAAGAUACACAGGAAAAAGCAUUCCGAGGAGGAAAUAGUAGACAGCAUUAAAAAGAAAUGCGCCGAUAAGGAGGUGUGGCGUUGUAAUAUUUGCAACAAGAUAUUCGCGAAGCGCGCUUUCUUGUUAUAUCACGAGCGCGUACACGGAGACGAUAAGUUUUACGAGUGCGAUGAAUGCGGCAAGAAAUUAGCGAGCAAGAGCUCGCUGAUGUAUCACAAGAAGUCGAUGCAUUUGAGGGAGAAGCCGCACAUGUGUCACUACUGCGGCGAUUCGUUCGUCUCGAGAGAGGCACGGCUGAUUCACGAGAGGAUACACACCGGCGAACGCCCGUACGUCUGCAAGGUGUGCAAUAUGCGGUACAGAUGCUCCAGUAAUCUCAGCCAGCACAUGAAGAUCCACACGGGUCUGAAGCCGCACAAGUGCCAUUUCUGCAACAAAGGUUUUACGCGCAAAGGCGCGCUAACCGUGCACGAGAGAAUCCACACGGGUGUUAAGCCUUAUCCUUGCGAGACCUGCGGUAAAAGCUUCUCGCAGAAGAACGACAUGUUGAAGCACGCCAAACGCACAACGGCGGACCGAUGCGGCGCGGUUGGUGCGAAAUCUGUAAAUGGAAAAAGGAAUACUGUCGUGCACGAACAAGAUUCCUUAGUAAUAUCGAAUGUCAACGCGUCACAUUCUUCAAAUUUAUGCCAAUAGCCUAGUGUCUCUUCGGAAAUUAAAUAAUUUUAGUAGAUACAUGGCAAUUGCAUACGAUGAAACAUCAGUUACGUAUAAAGAGAGCAAGCAUUAAAAUCCAUUUUUGUCCAGUUAUUAUCGAGAAAGAUUCCCGAUUAAUAAAAGUUCUUAAAGGAUGUAAAAAAUUACCGUACUUUUAUGACUAAAUACUUACAAGAAUGGAGUUUUUUUUUAAGUUGUUAAUGAAUGACGGUAUAAAAAUCCUAAGAAUAUAGAUAUAAGUCAGACAAAACUAUUUCAUGCUGGUAAAAUAAUAUUUCUGACUGAUUAUAUUACUCUUAUUGGAUAUAUGCAUGGUUGAAAGAUUGAUGUGCCAUCUGAGUAUCCAUAAACAGAAAUAGUGUAUUGAGCUGAAUAUAUCGACAUUUUCGAUAUGUACCUGAGAAGCUGCAUAUCAGGCUUCGUAAAGAAGAUCAUGUGCGAUUUAUGGUGAUUUGAUGGAAUCUGAUGCUAAGCAUCUCCGUAAAAAAAUUGCAAUUUGCUAACGAAUUGCAUCAAUAUCUAUAAUACGAGAAAAAAAUAAAGAUCGCUUUGCAAAAUCAUUUCAUUGAAUGUAAAGGCAAUGCUCAGUUAUAUGCAAGUUGGCUUGGCGAGCCAAUCGCCUGAAAGUGCUCAUCUCUACAUCUCGACACAGCCCUCUCCGUAUUGCUAAAAGAUGAGAUGCAAUAAAAGUCAUUGUUAUAUAUAGAAUAAUACUCUUUAUUGUUUUUGA